UGUGUGUAUGUAUAUACAUAUAUAGGCCUAUGCUACAUAGAUGUCGUGCAUUAAUGUUAAAUAUAUGGCUCAUUAUUAAAAUUGCAUAUAUGGAGCAUCCUCUGUUGGAUUAGGAGCAGCCGGAAAUAGAGGAUAACCCAAGGAUGCUGUGCUCGCGCUGGUGAAGAUUCCGCGCGCUGUUAUUGCACGGUUUGCAUUCCCUCCUUCCGCUCUCUCUCUCUCUCUCUCUCUCUCUCUCGCAUCAUCCUCCCUCCCCGGUUGGUACCCUUUCUCUCGCACGCACGAGCAUCCUCCGUCAUGGCGUCUUCCAACCAUGUCACCCCCACCAACUGCAGCUGGUGGCCCAUUUCGGCCAUGGGCGAGGACGGCAAGCUCGCGGACGGAGAGGAGAGUCACGAGCCGCCAGUGGAGCACAAGCCCUUCUCUAAAGACCGCCUCGUUUUGUACCACUGGACGCAGUCUUUCAGCUCGCAAAAGGUGCGUCUGGUGAUUAAUGAGAAGGGUCUGCUGUGUGAAGAGCGGGAUGUGAGUCUACCUCUGACUGAGCACAAGGAGCCCUGGUUCAUGAGGCUCAACCUUGGAGAGGAGGUGCCUGUCUUCAUACAUGGAGACACCAUUGUCAGUGACUACAACCAAAUCAUCGAAUACUUAGAGACCAACUUUGUGGGUGAUACAAUAGCCCAGCUUAUUCCAGAUGAAGGCACUCCCAUGCAUGCUCGGGUGAAGCAGUAUCGUGAGCUUCUGGACGGCCUGCCCAUGGACGCCUACACACAUGGCUGCAUCCUCCACCCUGAGCUCACCACUGACUCCAUGAUCCCAAAGUACGCCACUGCUGAAAUACGUAGACACUUGGCCAAUGCAGCAUCUGAACUGAUGAAACUAGACCAUGAGGAGCCACAGCUGACAGAGCCCUACCUUUCAAAGCAGAAAAAACUCAUGGCAAAGAUAUUGGAUCAUGAUAAUGUGAACUACCUGAAGAAGAUCCUUGUUGAGUUGGCAAUGGUACUAGACCAGGUAGAGGCAGAACUUGAAAAGAGGAAACUGGAAUAUCAAGGUCAGAAGUAUGAGUUGUGGCUUUGUGGACCUGACUUUACACUAGCUGAUAUAUGUCUUGGAGCCACGUUGCACAGGCUUAAGUUCUUGGGACUUUCAAAGAAGUACUGGGAAGACGGAAGCAGACCCAACCUCCAGUCAUUUUUUGAGCGUGUGCAGAAGCGCUACGCUUUCCGCAAGGUGUUGGGAGACAUCCACACCACCUUACUGUCAGCAGUCCUACCCAACGCGUUCCGAAUGGUAAAAAAGAAGCCGCCGUCCUUCUUCGGCGCUUCCUUCUUAAUGGGUUCUUUAGGUGGUAUGGGCUAUUUUGCCUAUUGGUUUUUAAAAAAGAAAUACAUGUAGUAAAUACUCUA